GGCGGAGGAGCCUCUUCCUGCUCCAGCCCCACAUAUAAGGGCCGGACGAGCGGAGCUGGAGCUGACUCUGUUCAUCCGCCCGGGAGGAGCCGCUCCCGGCCCGCUUCCCGUGCUCCGGAAUGAGGAUCCUGCUCCUGAUCAUCCUGGCAUUGGAAGCCACAGCCUCACGGAGCGUCCUAUGGGUGAUCGAGGGCACGUCCUGCGACCUCCCAUGGCAAGCAGCCCUAUUCAAGGGCGACCGGUUCAUCUGCGGUGGGACACUGGUGGACAGGACCUGGGUGCUGACAGCCGCCCAUUGCCACGUCCCAGGCUUCAUCAACGUGCGCUUGGGGGGCCGAAGGCACAAGGACAUGAGUGGGGCUGAGCAGAGGAGGCUCUCGGCCAUGGUCUUCAAGUACCCCUGGUACAAUGAGACCAACAAGGAUGGGGACCUGAUGCUCAUCAAGCUCCACGUCCCCAUACACGUCAAUAAGCAGGUGAAGCCGUUGCCAUUGGCCACCCAUUGUCCGGUGCCUGGAAAGACAUGUCAGAUAUCGGGAUGGGGGUCGACCACCAGCCCUGAAGUGAACUUCCCUGAGGACCUCCAUUGCACCAAGGUGACCAUCAUCCCCCAGGACCAAUGCCAGCGCAUCUACCCCGACUCCAUCACCGCCAACAUGGUUUGUGCUGGUGAAUCCCAGAGCAGGGCAGACUCCUGCCAGGGUGACUCCGGGGGACCUCUGAUGUGCGAUGGUCGCCUCCAAGGCAUCGUCUCUUGGGGUCCUGGUGUAUGUGGAGACCCCAAGAAGCCCGGAGUCUAUGUCAACCUCUGCAAGUACACGCGGUGGCUUCAGGAGACCAUGAGGAGGAAGUGAGAGCUCCCAGCCCAGCCCCACCAUGGCCAUGGGAUGGAGCGCCCCAUAGCUCCUCUUCCUGGUCCUCUUCCAUGAGGAAGGUCCCGGAGCCGGCCGGUCCGAGCGCUGGGUGAGGAGCAGGCAGGGCUCGAGCACAAGGAAGGACCCUGUGGAGAUGGUGCUGGAUGAAUAAAGAGCUGUUGGACGUGGC